AUGAAACGUAUAAAUAAGCGCCAAAGUGACGUAUUUUUCACUACCUUCGCUUGCCAGUUGAUAAUAAUGAUUUUUCUUAUCUCUCUGAUUUUCUUAUCACCAACUUUGGCUGUAAUUGUUACAGAUUUAAAUUGCACAGUGUAUUCUGUUGACAAGUUCGUCUAUUCCCCAUCUGCUACCAACUGUCCCAACGUCCUAACCGAUUCCUCGUGUGAUGCCUUAUUUCCACCCAUAGCUGCAGCCGAUGGAAAUCCAUCUGCAGGAAAAGAUCAAGCUAGAGCUUUCAGAUGUUACUCAACAGCUACGGCUUUACCGGCUCCAAUAGUUGAAGAUGUCAAGAGAGUUGCCAUAAACGGUUGUCCAAAGACUUGUGGUUAUUGUUGUCAAACGAGUGAAUUUAACUGCGCAAAUGCCGAGUUUCCAAGCAUCAAAUGUUCCGAUAUCACACCAGCCCAAUGUCGGUCACCUGUCUGGAGAACCGUCAUAGCACAAGAUUGCCCAUCUGCCUGUGGAUUCUGCAAUGAAGGAGGAUGUGUCGAUGCUAUAACUGACUGCGGCGAUGAUCUCAGUAUUUGUCUUAAUGUCAAAAUGCAAGAUUUUGUCAACCAAUACUGCCAAAAAACGUGUAAGAGAUGCUCCGCUGCCACAACAGUUGCUCCGCCGGUAACCAACAACUGCACCGUGUUCCCUCCGGAUACAAGAACUGCCUGCAAAGCCUGGGCUCGCAAUGGAUUCUGUACCAACAAUUUCUACACUAUUGCACAUAGAAAACAAUACUGUGCUACUACCUGCAGAAUAUGCUAG